AUGGACAUGGCUGAUGUUUUGCCAUUCUUGGCUAUGGUUAUAGUCCAGUUUGGCUUCGCAGGCAUGAAUAUUACAUCAAAGCUUGCAAUGGAUUCAGGCAUGAAACCACUUGUUCUUGUUUGUUAUAGGCAAAUCUUUGCCACCAUUGCAAUAGUCCCCUUUGCUUAUUUCUUUGAGCGGAAAAGUAGGCCUAAGAUCACUAAGUCUUUGCUGUUCCAGAUUUUCUUAUGUUCUCUUACUGGGGUAACAGGAAACCAGGUUUUUUACUUUACAGGGCUAGAAAAGUCCACCCCUACAAUUGGCUGUGCAUUGGCCAACAUACUCCCUGCAGCGACCUUUAUUCUUGCAGUUCUUUGCAGACAAGAAUCUGUCGGAAUUAAGAAGAUAUCUGGGCAAGCUAAGCUGCUAGGGACUUUAGUAUGUGUAGGAGGAGCCAUCAUUGAAUGUGUGGUAAUCGGCAUUGUUGCCAAUCACAAAGCAUCCGAGUGGUCAUUGCGAUCUCCUGGAAGGCUUAUCGCUGCUCUGUAUUCGGAAUGCCAUGAGCUUAGCUCAAUUACUACUCAGGUCCUCCUCACUCAGAGAUCUCGAUUUCAAACCAAUGGUUGA